AUGCUCUUCUCAACGGUCCUGCUGGGGCUGACGGCCACGGUCGGCGUCAGCGCCAUGCCGCGCAACCGCGCAUCGUCCCCCCGCCACCUGCGCCGACAAGAAGGCGCCAACCCGUUCGAGGGCAAGAAGCUGUUUGCGAACCCGGAGUGGGCCGAAAAGGCCGAGCCGGCGCUGGCGCACUACGAGUCGAUCGGCGACUCGGCCAACGCCGCACGCGUCCGCAAGGUGCAGCAGACGGGCACCUUUGUCUGGAUCUCCAACAUUGCGUCGCUGCCCGACAUCGACGCGGCCAUCGAGGGCGCCCGCGCCGCCAAGAAGGCCACGGGCGAGGACCAGAUCGUCGGCCUCGUGCACUACAACCUGCCCGACCGCGACUGCAGCGCGGGCGAGUCGGCGGGCGAGCUCGACUCGACCAAGGACGGGCUGCGGCUGUACAAGGAGACGUACGUGGCGCCGUUUGCCGAGAAGCUCGCCGCGGCCGCGGACCUCACCUUUGCCGUGGUGCUGGAGCCCGACUCGCUCGCGAACCUCGUCACCAACAUGGGGGUCGAGUUUUGCGCGCGCGCGGCGCCCGUCUACGAGGAGGGCAUCGCCCACGCCAUCCGGUCGCUGCAGUUCGACCACGUGCACCUGUACCUGGACGCCGCGCACGGCGGCUGGCUGGGAUGGGACGACAACCUGGCCCCGACGGCCAAGGAGUUCGCCAAGGUCGUCGGCAUGGCGGGCGGCAACUCGACGGUGCGCGGCGUCGUGACCAACGUGUCCAACUACAACCCCUUCAUCAUGCCCGAGCCGCUCGAGCCCUACACCGAGUGGUCCAAUUCCUACGACGAGUCGCACUACGCACUGUCGCUCGCCCCGCACCUCGAGGCCGAGGGCCUGCCGUCGCGCUUCCUCAUCGACCAGGGCCGCGUCCACCUGCCCGGCGCCCGCAAGGAGUGGGGAGAGUGGUGCAACGUCGAGCCUGCGGGCUUCGGCAUCGCCCCCGGCACGCCUGUUGAGAACCCCCACGUCGACAGUAUCGUCUGGGUCAAGCCCGGUGGUGAGUCUGACGGCGAGUGCGGCAUGGAGGGCGCCACGCGCGCUGGAGCUUGGUUUGAGGAGUACUUUAGGAUGCUUGUUGAGAAUGCGCACCCUAGCCUGGACAUGUAA